AUGAGCGCAAACAUCAAGAAACGCAAUUACCGCAAGAAGCGUGAGGACACCCCUGAAGACUCGCCUGCUGCAGGCACUUCCUUGUCCGAGACAGGAGCAACAGCAGCUGAGGGUGCAGCCGCCCAGGACGACGAACCAGAGGGACUCAGUCUGGACGAGUUGAUUGAACUUCGAAAGUAUAGACAGCGGCCUGCAGGAAUCGCAGCCGUCGAUCUAUUGGUCGGAGACACUACAGGAAAGAAAAAGAAGAAGGACAAGAUCGUCGCUGCCGAUCCGUACAAGCUGCUCUCAGGAGGAGGUCUCGUCGAUAUGGAUGAAGUCCGUCGCAACGAAGAAUGUGAAUCAUCGACAAAGUCAGGAAUGAUGAAUACGUUCACGAAACAGACGAAUGCGCUGGAUGUCGACAAGCACAUGAUGAAGUAUAUCGAGGACGAGAUGAAGAAGCGUCGAGGCGAGGCUGGAGAUGCCGAGGAUGCGAAUGAGCAGCCUGGAAAUUAUAACGGGGACACUGAUAUCUUGGAUGAGCUCGGAAUCAGGAAAACGGCACCAAGACCUGAACAGGAAGGAAACGUCCAGCUUUCGACAACCAUGCUGACAGCCAUUCCAGAAGUAGACCUUGGCAUGGAUGCAAGGCUGAGGAAUAUCGAGGAAACCGAGAAAGCAAAACGCAAGUUGUAUGAGGAGCGGACAACGACAAAUAUCGCCGCCAACGAAAGAUUCUCACAACCGGCAUACAUCCCCUCCGACAGCGAACGCAUCUCACACCACCGCCAAAACAACCGUAACAAUAACAAUAACAGCAAUAACAGGAAUAACAACUACAAUAACAACAACAGCAACCAGUCAGGAGGAGGAGGAGGAGUACCCAACCAUCGUUUCCAGAACUAUGGCAACAACAAUAACCAAGGGAACAGGGGUGCUGGACGUGGUAUGGCGACGGAUGAUCUUGUCAUGGAGCGUUUCAAGAAGCGUACCAGACGCUAG